AUGAUGCAACUCAGUUUGUAUAAACUUUGGAGGCAAAGAGAUUUUGGAACUCAGACAUGUGAAGGGCGAGGGGAGCUACGGUCUUCAAAUGAGAAAGCCACCAAAGCAUCUGAUGCCCUGAAGGCCGUUCAUGAGCAGCCAGAAUCUCACACCCCCAAAAGCAACAAAAAAGGAAAAAGGGCAUCUAAACAAAGAUUCACUGUGGUCACCUUUGGGGACUUCUCUCCAACUAAUUAUCUUUGGUUCUACCUUUCAUAUUGCUCAGUAGAGCCGUUCGCUGUCGAAGCUACCUUGAUUGAGAUCGGUGUUGGAUCACGGCCGGUCCGUCGGCUUAUGCUGGUUUGGUCUUGCAAAUUGUGUGACACUGUUUUUGGAUGCUACCACUAA